AUGGACACGCCUAGGGGUCCCAACAAUACACUCAAGAGGCGCCGGCUGGACGAGGAAGCCUCACCAAACGUCCAAGGGACUGGUCACCCAGCCCUGACUACUGGCUACCAGGCAGGCUACAGGUCCUACACCAGGCCUUUCGAAGUUCAGCAGUUUUAUCCUAAUUCAGUAUCUCAACCCGUCUCAGCAACACUACAGCCUAAUGCUAGGGGCGCCUACUCGACCAUAUCACCUCAUCACAACAACGCAUGGACUCCCUACCACAGCUUUCAGUCCCAGAACGCAGCAGGAGGUUUUUUAAAUGAUAAAAGUUUCCAAGCAGCGUUCCCUAACUUACAGCCUCCAUCAACAUCUUUCGCCUCCCCUUCGUUCGAGCUGUGGUCAUCCAUGUCCAUGGGACAUCUUAUGCCUCAAGAACAGACCCAACACUACGGCCAAUUACUGCCUAAAUCUUCAUGUCAACAACAUCUCUUAGAUUCCGCUCAGAGUUCUUCCAACGUCCAGCCAUGGCAAAGCACAAUGUGUGUAGAGGCUCAAAUUCUAGACAUCAGUACCAUCAUCGCCGUAGACAACAGCCUACCAGCUGCACCCGCGCCAGCCCGACAGGUGCUUGAAGAACAAGAACCAGAAAAGGUGUGCUUUGGUAUGGUUCCGUCCAUAUCUGCUAGGUGUGAUCCGAAGAGCUCACUGAACACUCCACCUUCACCUUUUUCGGUGCAGAUCAAGACCUCCCCGAGCUCCGAUUCCCCAAAAUUCAUUUCAGAAGAAUAUCCGGAGAUCUCUGGCCAUAUCAUGUCAGACCACGGCCAGAUGAUUCAAAGCCUUCUCGAGGACGAAACUCUGGACCUCUACGUUUCUUGCACCAUCCCAGACUCUCAAAGCCCAACACAGCAAAAGACUCGAUCCAGUCCCCUCCAAUGUACCUUGGAGAUUACCGUCUACGGCCCCUCGGACCUUUUCGACGAAAUUGGAGAGUGGUUCGAGGAGUAUCAAGUCUACCUACAAGAUCCUCGAGAGUGUCAUAUCGACGUCAAAUACUAUAAUCCCCAUCGCCUUUCUUCUGACGACUUUGCCUCUUGUGAUCUUGUUUCUGAGGUCGUCUCGAGGGGCUCUAAGAUCCUCCAUCUCGAAAGUAUCCCGCAACAAAAAGAUUUGCUAGAUGAUUUGGACAGUCAGGACGAUCUAGAAGAAACAGCACAACCAACAGUUAUCAAGAGAAGCCUAAGAAAGCAUCAAAAGCAGGCUCUCACAUUCAUGCUACGCCGGGAGCAGGGCUGGGCAUUCUAUGAUCAACGGCCAGAUGUUUGGGAGAUGAGAGAAAAUGACCGGGAGCGAUUCUUCCUGAACCGGAUAUCUAAUGCCUAUCAAGCCGAAGAACCCCCCCAGUGCUACGGUGGCAUCAUUGCAGACCCAAUGGGGCUUGGCAAAACACUGACCAUGAUUGCAUUGGCAGCAACCGACCUGGACAGGGAUAACACUGAAAUGGAUACAAGCGAAGACGGCCAGUUGAGCGUUGCAGCUACACUCAUUGUUGUGCCACCUCCGCUAAUCGGGACAUGGGAAGAACAGCUAUCUGAGCACGUUGUUCACGGAGGCAUGGCAUGGCACCGCCAUCACCGGGAGACCCGUCUCAGUUCCACAACCGAACUUGAUCGUUUCAACAUCGUCUUGACAACAUAUCACACAGUCUCUGCAGAGUGGAACAGUGGGAAUGGUGUGCGAGACUCGACUCUCUUCUCAGUGAGAUGGGAGAGGAUUAUUCUCGACGAAGCGCAUCUCAUCCGAAACGCCAACUCAAAGAUGUCCCAAGCAGUCUGCGCACUCGACUCCAAGUCUCGAUGGGCUGUUACCGGCACUCCCAUCCAGAAUCGUCUCGGUGAUUUAGCAACUCUCUUCAAGUUCAUACGUGCCCAUCCCUACACCGACCAAAGACGGUUUGACAUCGAUAUAUCGCGCCUUUGGAAGUCCGGCGAAUAUGAGGAAGCCAUCAAAAGGCUAAAGCGUCUCUCAGCUUGCAUGCUACUGAGACGACCCAAGGGAACCGUCGACCUUCCUGCCCGGCGGGAUAUGCAAUGCCCAGUCAACUUCAACACCGAAGAGAGAGCUCUGUACGACAAGCUACGCAAUGAAACUCUUACGAACAUCAAAGAAGCUUUGAAAGGGGAUAUGGAACGCUCUCGAACUGGACUGUACGUCAAUGUCUUGCAGCAGAUUGAGUCACUUAGGCUGGUCUGCAACCUCGGUCUCCACUACCACACGAGACACGGAAAGGACCCUGCGGCUUCCCUAGAAGGUGACACUUGGGCCAGCAACGCACAAGGAACUUUCAAUGUACAGCGAGAGAUGGAGCCACCGGUCUGCAUACAAUGUGGAUCAACACUCGAGAUCACCGAGACUCUUCUCGAAGACCCAUCUGUACCACGACAAAGCGCUCAGUUCUUCAGCUGCCUGAAGUUUGUAUGCGCUGAUUGCACGCAAAGGCAGUCUAGAGGUGUACUAGAAUGCGGCCACAAUCCCCGUUGCUCAGUGGCAUCUGUUUCCACUAAUAGCAGCGCUCUUGAGUCAAGCCCGGAAGAGAUACAGACGCAGACGAGAGCAACAUCCAUCGGCCUCUCGUCCAAGGUGGAGGCCCUAAUCACCGACAUCAAGGCUCUUCCAUGGAAUGACAAAUGCAUCGUCUUUUCAAGCUGGAGACUAACACUCGACAUGGUUGAAGCCGGACUAGAACAAGCGUCAAUUCCAAGUGUCCGAUUUGAUGGCAAGGUGCCUCAAAAUGAGCGGCAGGAGAUUGUGGAGAGAUUCAGAAGCAACCCUCUCACUUUGACAGUAGCAACUAGGGCGUAUCUCAUGGAGCCUCAUUGGAAUCCAACUCUCGAAGAACAAGCCCUUGCUCGGAUCCACCGAAUUGGACAAACACGAGAGGUGACUACAGUGAGGUUCUACAUGCGAGACUCGUUUGAGCAGCAUGUUAUGGGGGUUCAAGAGUCGAAGAAGCAUCUGGCCGGCUUGUUGCUCUCUCCUCACGAUGGUGAGCAGGCAGAUGAAAGCCAGGGAAGACUAGAGAAACUGAGGUCGCUGAUUUGA